GCCUAUGCAGCCGUGUCCGCGAAUCUUUCGCCGUCAAGAUCAAGGUCGACAGCAGAGAUACCGCAAGUUGAUAGUUGGUUUUCCUUCCCUUCUUCGCCAACUUCUGAGGAAUCGGCAUGCUGGACUUGCCCGCGAACUUUUGCCGUCAAGAUCAAGACCGACAGCAGAGAUGCCGUGGCUUGGAGGUGGCUCCUCGUCGGUGGCCGUUUUGGACAACACGCUCGACGUGUGCCUCGCGGAAUCGAGUCGCAUGAUGGAUAAGUCGCAUCCUUUGGCGCGUCUGCAAUCAGUGAGCUGACGAGUAUAAACAGGAGUGGAUGUUGGGGAGAGUGGUCAAAAUCUCGAGGCUGGCCGUGGAGCGUCGAGAGGAUACGAGUAGGAGGAAGGGCGAGCAGUGCGCCGCGGAACUCGGAGCAGGCCUUCCACGCGGAGGACUAGGUGAAGACGGGAAGCGGACUAGAACUCGAAGUUGGACUUCGAGCUCAGGGAUAUCGUUACGGACUCGGAGAUAGGUGUCGGACUACAUCAAAGACAUGAUUACGGACUCGGAGAUAUGGACUCCACAGAGUGAUUAACGGUCUUCAUUGUAUGAUAGUAAUAGUCAGUAGUAGCUGUACAGUCGAGCUGGUACUUGAUCAAAUACUACCGAUUCUUCCUGGC